AUGAAUUCGACUUCAGUGCAAUUCAGUCCCAUCAAGGACGGGCGACGAAUUCUCGGCGAGAAGGACACAAACGCGUGUCUGUCCCCCGCCACACACGCCAAACCGUCAUUCCCGGCCAUUGGGACCCCGGUCAAGCGGAUGUCAAUUGCUACCUCACCUAAGAAGCUCCUCCCAUCUCCUAUAUUUGCAGGCCAAAAACGGACACGGGAUCAAGUGGAUGAAAUGGAAGAAAACCUCGGACACAUGCAGGCGCGGGAAUCCUCUCCGCAGCCCGGUGUCCAAUCCACUGUCAAUGAUGAUAUGCAAAGCCAGCUCAACCAAACCCCCACACCACAAAACUCGCAACCCGAACGCGACCAAACACAAGAUCUAAUGGACACCGAUCAAUUAUUCAAUGUGCCCAGCACCCCCGAGCAAGAAACGCGUAGCGUUACCUCAGACUCCGACGCGCGAAAAAUGUUCAUUCAACAAAAAGCAAGCCUUCUCCGAUCAAGACUACAGAGCGCGAUGCGCAAUGUGACAGAUCACCAAUUCGACCGCCGAGUAUCCGAGCUAGAAGCACACAGUCGCAAAUGCCCACGGCUUUCACUCUCCGUCCUCUCUACACCACCCCUCUCAUCGCGCAAACACUUAACAUCCUUCUCAUCCUCGCAAAUGAAGACACCCCGCAUUGGCUGCGCUGGCUUCACUUCCACCCCCUCCCACAGCACACCCGAUCUUCCAGGCCGACCUUCCCCAUUGUCUUCCAGCGUUGUUCAGCAACGCACAAAGUCACACGCGCAACGAACACCGCCUCGUGGGCUCGGCUCCCCAAUGCAGCUGAGUAGUCCUCCGGCUACGGUCAUUCGCCGUGAAGCCGAUAGGGAAGCAAGUAUGGGCCCAAGAGCCGAGCUCAGUAUGGAUGAUGUGGAUGCCAUGUCGCCGUCACAGCGAGGUGACGCGGUCGAUGGGCUAUUGAAACUCAUGAGUACGACAGGCAAUCAAAGUUCGGACUCGUGGACUGGAUGA